UACGCGGGAGUCUGGACUAUUGUUCCUGCUACCUUGCCGUAGUAGGCUCGUUUCCAUGGUGACCAACAACAGCGCUGCUAACGGCUGUAACGGUCGCUAACGGCUGUAACGGUCGUUUUCAGUUUUCUGCCAUAAAAGUUCAAAUGUCUGAACCGGCCGAGCCUCCGGAGGACCAGGAGGACCAGGAGGACUUUGACAGGUUCUUCACCGUGUUUGACGGCUCUUCUCCGGAGGACGUGUCCCACGCCAGGCAGCUGUGGAGCUCGCUGUCGCUGCUCCCGCCGCAGGAGUCCCGGCUGGUGUCCGCAGACAUCCGGCAGAGACUGCCCGUGUCCCGGCCGCAGCAGCGCAGCAGCACCGCCGCUGCUCUCGGUCCCGUUAAACCGCCGAGUGUCCCCGCUCUGCGGCAGAGACACGAGGAGAGACAGCGGUAUGCAACCAUGGCCGACCAGAGGAGGGAGAUCCUGGCUCUGCUGAGGAGGCAGAGGGAGCAGAGGAUCCAGAAGGAGCUGGUCUCUGUGGGCUUUAAACCGAAGAAGGUCGGCAGAGAGAGAAAGACCCAGAAGAUCCAGAAAGACUGUGAGAGGGACGAGGAGCUGGUCAGACAGCUGCAGUGACCUUUAACCUCCAGCAUCCACCAGAGUCAGCCUGAAGUGAUCCUCCACCUUCAACCUCCAGCAUCCACCAGGGUCAGCCUGAAGUGAUCCUCCACCUUCAAGCUCCAGCAUCCAUCAGGGUCAGCCUGAAGUGAUCCUCCACCUUCAACCUCCAGCAUCCAUCAGAGUCAGCCUGAAGUGAUCCUCCACCUUCAACCUCCAGCAUCCACCAGAGUCAGCCUGAAGUGAUCCUCCACCUUCAACCUCCAGCAUCCAUCAGAGUCAGCCUGAAGUGAUCCUCCACCUUCAACCUCCAGCAUCCACCAGAGUCAGCCUGAAGUGAUCCUCCA